GUGGGAUAUAAAAUGAGAAACGGCUUGUCGUUUAUGUGCAAUGCUUCUUCACCACCACUCAUCAAUUCUUCAGCGGUUGAUGCUGGCAUUGAGGCGCUUCAAGUAUCAGUAUCACUACCAGUGCUAUUGUUCAUGCACCAACCCUUCUCAAGCUCCGGUAGCAUUCACUGCCAAAACCGUAUGCGACGAGUCUCUGCUCUUCCGCUAUCUAACCAAAGGGUGGCAUCACGAAGCACGGAACCUUCUUCUUCAGAGCUUUUCAGCCGGAGACCUCCACGCCCGUGUUGUUCGAUGGACCUCGCUGCUCACCAACUACACCCGAAAGGGUCAUGUAUUCCAAGCUCGGAUGCUGUUCGACGUAAUGCCGCACAGAAACAUCGUCACCUGCAAUGCUAUGUUGUCCGGGUACUUGCAAUCUGGGAUGCUCGACGAGGCUCGCUGGUUUUUCGAGAGCAUGCCGGAGAGGAAUGUGGUUUCUUGGACCGCGAUGCUUGGUGGGUAUGCGGAUGCGGGGAGGGUUGAGGAUGCAAGGAGGGUGUUUGAUGUAAUGCCGGAGAAGAAUGUCGUGUCGUGGAAUGCGAUGGUUGGUGGGUUGGUUAGGAAUGGGGAUUUGGAGGGAGCGAGAAUGGUUUUUGAACAGACCCCUUGUAGAAAUGUGGUGUCGUGGAAUGUUAUGAUCGCGGGUUAUGCUGAAAAUGGUGGAAUGGAUGAGGCGAGGGCAUUGUUUGACCAGAUGGAGUUUAGGAAUGUGAUUACUUGGACUAGUAUGAUAUCUGGGUAUUGUCGUGCGGGGAAUGUGGAAGCGGCUUAUGGUUUGUUCGGGACUAUGCCGGAGAAGAAUGUUGUUUCUUGGACAGCCAUGAUUGGUGGGUUUGCUUGGAAUGGCUUUUAUGAAGAGGCAUUGUUGCUUUUUCUUCAGAUGUCACUUUCUGAUUCCAAACCCAAUGGGGAGACCUUUAUUUCUCUUGCCUAUGCUUGUGCUGGUCUUAGUUUCCCUUACCUCGGCAGACAGUUGCACGCUCAGCUGAUUGUUAAUGGCUGGAAGCUUGAUGAUUAUGAUGGUAGGUUACGUAGGAGUCUUGUUAGGAUGUACUCAGUGUUUGGUCUUAUGGACUAUGCAAGCAAUAUGUUGGAAGGUGAUCUGAAUAACUUUGAUGAUCAAUCUUUAAAUUCUAUGAUAAAUGGUUAUGUACAAGCCGGUCAGUUAGAAAAGGCUCAAGAGUUGUUUGACACAGUACCUAUCCGAAACAAAAUUGCAUGGACUUGCAUGAUUUCCGGCUAUCUUAGUGCAGGGCAAGUAUUCAAGGCAUGCGAUCUCUUUGACAGCAUGCCUGAUAGGGAUUACAUUGCAUGGACUUCAAUGAUUUCUGGGUAUGUCCAAAAUGAGCUGAUCGCCGAAGCCAUCAGCUUGUUUGGUGAAAUGAUGGCUCAUGGAUUUUCUCCGUUAAAUGGCACGUUUGCUGUUCUUUUUGGUGCCAUGGGUUCGGUUGCAUAUCUUGAUCAAGGGCGGCAAUUACAUGGUAUGCAGGUGAAGACAAUAUAUGAAUAUGAUUUGAUUCUUGAGAACUCUCUGGUUUCAAUGUAUGCAAAAUGUGGGGAGAUAGAUGAUUCUUAUAGGAUAUUCUCAAACAUGGCUUAUCGGGACAAAAUUUCAUGGAACUCCAUGAUCAUGGGCCUCUCAGACCACGGGAGGGCCAGUGAAGCUUUAACGGUGUAUGAAACUAUGCUUGAAUUUGGACUUUACCCUGACACUGUUACUUUCCUAGGUGUCCUAACAGCAUGUGCUCAUGCGGGUCUUGUUGAUAAAGGGUGGGAGUUAUUUAAUUCUAUGGUCAAUUCUUAUGGACUUCAACCUGGCUUUGACCAUUAUAUUAGUAUCAUCAAUCUUCUGGGUAGGGCUGGGAAGGUGAAGGAUGCAGAGGAGUUUGUGUUGAGGCUACCUGUUGAACCAAAUCAUGCGAUAUGGGGGGCAUUGGUUGGGGUCUGUGGGUUGAGUAAAACUGAUGCAGAUGUUGCUAGUCGUGCAACUAAACGACUGCUUGAGUUGGAUCCUUUGAACGCACCGGGUCAUGUUACCCUUUGUAACAUAUAUGCUGCAAAUGAUAGACAUAUUGAGGUGACAAGUUUAAGAAAAGAAAUGAGGAUAAAAGGUGUAAGGAAGGCACCUGGGUGUAGUUGGAUAUUAGUUAAGGGUAGAGUUCAUGUUUUCUCGUCAGGAGACAGAUUAGAACCACAUGUAGAAGAUAUAUUACUACAAAUUUGAGAUAGAAAAUGAUUUUUUGGACUCUUAAUCCGCCCCUCAAUUAUCAUAACUUCAUUGUUUUAAAAAAUCAAAAUUUGAGUUAAAUUUGAUAUUUGUGGAAAACUUUUUACGCUUUUGAUGCACAUAAAUUUAUAAUUUUAUCUUUUAAGAAUAAAAGUGAUAAAUGGUAGUAUAUAUUUGGAGAACGAUAGUAGCAUGGUGAAUGUGUAGAUGAUGGAGGCGUAGAAGGUGAAAACGAUGGUGCUACUUCAAUGUGGCUUUUUCGAUUUGUAUGUCUCGUUUUUUUCUUCUGGUUCUUUGUGUUUUUUUGUUUUUUUCUUAACUCUCUAUCGUUGUUUCGAUGUUACGUUGUCGUUCUUACGUGUUUUCAUUGUUGGAAAGGGUCUCUGUUUUUUAUUGACUUUGGUGCGUCUUGUAUGAUCCAGUUUUGGUUGAACUUGUCGUCGUCUUUUGUUACCGAAUGGAGGCCUUCUCCUAGUGGUUGGCGGAAACAUUUUGGAUUUUUGACUUUAAGUUUUAUUUGGCUUGAAUCAUGCGUUCAUGCUAGUAGGGUUUUUUUUUGUUGGAUCUUACUUUACGAUUCAUUAGUUUUUUUAGGUUUUUUUUUUUUGUUUAUUUGGACAUUUCAUCUCUCGUGGUUUGUAUUUUUGUCUGAUCUACAUUAUAGAUUGUAACUCGUUGGGGCUUUGUAUUUUAAAAUCUUUUUUUGAGGGUUAUACUUUUAUCAAUAUAUAUCUCGCUUUGCUUUUGAAAAAAUAUAUAUUUGAAGAACUAAAAUAUGAGUUAACUCUAUCAACAUAGUUUGACACUAUAGGUAAAUAUCGGAAACCCUUGAAACAUACAGGUAAGGUUUAGAACUUUCGUCAUGUGUAUGAAAAAUGACUUGCUUAAGGGGAAUCAAGAACUAACCACCCAUUUGUAUCGAUUUUUUUUUAAAAAAAAAGAUCAAAUAUAUUGAUUAAAUGAUAAAAGACAUAAACGCCUAUACAUCUGUAGUUACUAACGGAAGAAUCUUCGCCG